AUGUCUGUCGAUGAGCUCGGCCUGAUCUUAAAGUCAGUUGUGCUCAAGAAACUGCUGGUUAAAGUGCUGCUCAACAGUCAGUUCGUUCGAGCUAUUGGCGAUUACUUGGGCUCAACCCCGAUCCACGGUCAAUGA